GCAGAGCUCACACAUCAGACAGCAGUGCUCGUGAGCAUUUCGGGAGCUGAAGCUCUUCUCACAGAGCGAGGGACACAGCAGACAGCAGACACCAUGAAGCCCCCCUUAGCCCAUGCCCACAGAGGGUGCAGCCCCUGGAAUGGGCUCCUGCUGGCAGUCGCACUCGUAACCUUCUGGAAGCUGCUCAGCACUGUGAAACCCGCUAUUGAAUCGGUGCCCGUCAUUGCUGCAGAAGGCACGGAUGUGCUUCUACUUGUCCACAGUGUGACAGGGGAUCUUCUAGGCUACAGCUGGUACAGAGGAGAAAGGGUAGAGAACAACCAACUAAUUGCAUCACAUAGAAUAGACGUUAGUACAAGCACCACUGGGCUUGCACACAGCGGUCGAGAGACAAUAUACCCCAACGGAUCCCUGCUGUUCCAGAAUGUCACCCAGCACGACACAGGAUACUACACCCUGUUCAUCAUAAAGAAUGAUUUACAGACGGAAAGACUAGCUGCACAACUCCGCGUAUACCCGGUGUUGCCCACCCCAGUCAUCACCAGCAACAACUCCAACCCCAUGGAGCAGGACACUGUAGUGUUAACAUGUGGGACGGAGACUCAGAACACCUCCCACACGUGGUGGGUCAACAAGCAGAGCCUCCCCAACAGCACCAGGCUGGAGCUGUCUGAGGACAACAGGACUCUCACUUUAUUCCAUGUCACGAGGAAUGACACAGGACCCUAUAUGUGUGAAGCUCGGAACCCAGUGAGUGUCAGCCGCAGUGACCCAUUCACCCUGAACGUCAUCUGUCAGGGCCACUCUGACAAUUCACCUAACAAGAUUGACGAAGUUGCAUAUUCUGCCCUGAACUUCAAUGCCCAGGAAUCAAAGAAACCAACUUCAGCCUCCCCAUCAGCCACAGAAACAGUUUAUUCAGAAGUGAAAAAUAAGUGAUGCAACCAGUCCUGCUCACUGCACUUAUUCCAAGCUUCUCGUCCCCAUCCCUAGGAGAUCCCUUUGCCCUCCGGGGAAAAUGUGAAUAGUGUCUUUCCCCCGCUUUCAUCCCUAAUGAGGCUCCUCCAGGCUGCCUAGUCACAGUCCCUUCCUUCAGUGUCAGUAGAUGAAAAGGUACAUCCAGGAGGAGGUCUGUAGGAAACCCAACCUUCCUUGUCAUUGAACUUUGGCAAAGCAGACCUUGGGAGAGAGUUGCCAGAACCUCCACGCCUCCCCAUUUCCUGACCUAAACUGGUUUUAAACUUGCUCAUUCCUUCCCACCCCAGUCCUUUCAUAUUGGAGUUUAACUUGAAUUUGCCAUAACCUGGAAAAUUAUGUCCUUGAUCCACUGAAAUGCAUGUGCCAGAAAAGGAGAGGAAAAGGAAAAACUUCUGCUCUCUGAAGCCCGGUGUGAACCCACCAUUCACAGGAAAACACAUACAUAACCAAUUCUGAACUGGGAAAUUCUAUACCUUUGUCCACUUUCAGGGUUGUCUACCUGCAGGACCAGGGCUAAACAACUUACUACUUAGCUAGAAUACCACCUAAACCUUUGAAAGCCUGUCUUCAGAGAACCUACUAGAAGCAACUAGAAAACAACUUCUCAAAGUCCAUAAGUGAAUCCAAAUGGAAAUUGCAAAAAAUGCACAUACUGUUUUAAUAACUUUAUGGGCUUCAUUAAAGGCAAUGCUCAGAGAUGGAGGGAUUAUCGCUUUAGAGGACAAUCAGCUCUUAACAGAGACAAUCUGCUGGGAUUUGGGAAAGGAAUCAGAAAGCUACCCUGCAGGGAUUAUUUAAAUAAUGGUUAAAGAAUGUACAAUUUGGGGUAUUGGGUUUUUUCCUUCCUUCUGAGACAUUCGCCAUUUAAAUUUUUGUAAUUGUUUGUUUAUGUGAAAGGGGUUAUGUUUACUUAAUUUGCUGUGUAAGCCAAUCUGACUGCCUUAGGUGAAAGAAGCCACCAAAACCCCUCAAGUCCCUCUGGCCAGGAGCUCCUCAAGCCUUUUAUGUCAGGGGCUCCAAAAAGAAGAUAAGAAGAAGCAGUUUUCUACAUUCAUGGCCAGAAAGGGAUCUCGCUCAGUUUCUAGGCGCCUCAGACCAACCAUCAGCACCAUUCUAUUCCGUGUUUCUGCCUGUGCACGUUCCAUCCACCCCACUCACCUUCUCAGGAAACCUUGGCCUCUGCUAAGGUGUGUUUGGUUCUUGAGAAGCAGGAGCACCUGAAGGGGACACGACCACCCACGCAGCUGGCCUCGUUUACAACCUAGAAAGCUGCACUGGUGCUGAUGCUCCUUAGGACACAAGGGGAGGAUUAUAGCUCAGCUCUGGGCUUCGUGAAAGCCUCUGAAAUUUGUUUUCUCCCAUGGGGUCUAUGAGACCCAAUGUGUCAGCAUAAAAAGGACGGGCAGGAGAAGGAGAGGCACGUCUACUUCCCACCCAGCCUCCUUCUGCAUGGAUGGAACCUCCUUGAGGCUGUUGAG